GUGUUCUUGUUUAAGUAAGCCCUGACUGCCGUCUGUUCUCCAAUUCCAUGUUGCAACUUUGCAAUUGAUGAAUGGUUAGGUAAACCAGGCAGGUGCGAUCAGGUUUAAUGGACUGUGAGAAUCACCUUGAGAAGCAGAAGGAAGAAGAACAGGAGCCAGACAAUGGGACCGGUUCCAGCAUCUUGUCAACCCUUCAGGAUCUGUCUUGGCUGUCCAAGUCAAAAGUGGAGAAGCAACUGCAGGUCAUUUCAGUGCUACAAUGGGUGGUCUCAUUCCUUAUGAUGGGUAUUAUAUGCACCAUUUUCCUCAUAUAUAUGCUCUGCACAGACUGUUGGAUUAUAGCAGUUCUGUACUUAGUGUGGUACGCCUUCGACUGGAACACUCCUAGUAAGGCUGGAAGGAGAUCACAAUGGAUUAGGAACUGGGCCAUCUGGAGAUACUUUCGGGAUUACUUUCCAAUCCGAGUGAGUUGUUGGGAUGUCUUAUCGGAGAUUAUUUCAAUGAAGUGUUAA